AUGCUUAGCCCUAGUAUAUUCUCCAAAUCAUCAUUACCUCAGUCUCUAGUUCAAGCACGUAAUAAUCUACAGCAACACCUCAGAAUGCAGCUCAAAUACUUGACUAUCUUGAUAUCAACCCUUGGCCUCACUCAGGCCCAACUCCCUCAUCUCCCCGGUUGCUCCCUAAGCUGCUUCCUCCCCACCCUCCAAAACGACGGCUGCUCCAGCCUCACAAACUUCACCUGCCACUGUGCCGUCCCCGGUCUCGUCAGCUCAAUCACUCCCUGUGUGCAGAGCGCAUGCGAUCUUUCUGAUCAAUCCUCGGUCUCGAAUGCAGUGACGUCUUUGUGUUCUUCGGCCGGCGUGCCUAUCAGUAUUCCGCCUGUUACGGGCAGUACCACUGGUCCUGCAGCUGCUACCGCUUCGACGACGACGGUGACGACGUCAGGAACGCCAACGCCAUCAAAGACGAGUUGUCCGAGCAAGGCCUCUUCUUCUUCGUCGACGUCUGCUGUUGGAGGGGGAGGUGCUUCUACUUCCGGGUCUUCGGUGACAUCUGCUCCCAAUUCUGAGACUACUUCUACGUCCACGUUUACUGGUACAAGCAGUGGCGCGUCUACUACUACCCAUACAACGACGACUUCAACUCGUGCGGCUCAAUCAACCGGUGCCGCUGGUUCGGUCUCGGCGUCUUUUGUUGGGACAGGUUUGUUUGCUAUGGGGGUUGCGGCCAUGUUUGCGCUGUAGUGCUACUUUUGAGAGUUGUGAGUCGGGACAGCUAAAAAGUUGAGUAUGUCGCUUGGGGCCACUUGCAACUGUUUAAUGCCGUGGAUGUUAACCUUAAUAGUUUAACUGAUACCGAAUUGAA